AUGCUGCAACACCCACAGGUAAAGAGUCCAGGAGUUGGGCUACUUGGAAUCUCCAAAGGAGAUGAACUGUGUCUCCACAUAACCUCUUUCUUUAAGAACAUCACAGCCACUGUCUCCAUCAAUGGCUCCAUGAUCAGUUCACCCCCCGACGGCCAUUACAAGGAUGUGACCAUCCAUCCUCUGUUCCUAUGACCUGAAACGUAUCAGAUCACAGAGUCUGGAUUUCUAGAUAUUUUGGACAUGUAUAACGACCCAUUUCAUGAGCCUGGUUGCCAAAGCUUGAUCCCACUAGAGAAGGCUGAGGGGCACUUCCUCUUCAUCGUUGGCAAGGAUGAUCAUAUCUUUCAAAGUGAGUAUUUGGCUAAUAAAGUCUCUCAUAAUUUGCAGGGUCAUGGGAAGGAAAAGCCUGAGAUAACCAGUUACCCUGGAGCAGGGCAUAUUAUUGAACCCCCCUUUUUCCCUCUAUGUCCAGUGGCAGCAUGUGAAUUUGUGAACAACCUGGUUGUCGUGGGUGGUGAACCCAGAGCUCACUCUCAAGCACAGGUGGAUGCUUGGCAGCAGAUCCAAACCUUCUUCAACAAGAAUCUGAAUGGCAAAUUAAGCAUAACACAUAGCAAGCUGUAA